AUGGCUGGCAGACGGAUGCCCAAAGGGAAUGGCCGCCUUUCCAAACAAAGAUCCAUUCGAAAGGAUCGUGCUUCGUGGCUAGCACGGCGCUUGUAUGACCAGGUUGACCUAGAGCGAGCAGAAGAAACCGGCAUACUUUUCCCACGAACGAAGUUGAAGAAGUUGAGUGAGAGACAAGCGUUUAGGUUUCUCAAAACUUGCUCCGGGCGAUACUUUACCGACAGGCUCUGCAAGAAGGCGACAUGGAAACUUGUAGGCUUGCUUCCUUUUGAACUUCCAUGUGGCCCUGAGGGCAAGGAAGCUCAUUUAGUUGUUCAAGCCCAGCGGUUAAAGCAGUUAGCGAAGAGAGCUAAGAGGAUGCUUGGCUCCAACGUCGACAACCUUGAGACUCAGGUGAUCACCACCGAGUCACAGGCUCUUCCCAACCUUGAUGAUACGAUGCCAGCGGAUCGGGAGGAUAUCGGUGGGGAAGCCGUGCCUUCGGAAGAGGAGGCCAUUGAUCUUCCAUCUGAAAAGGAAGAGCUGGGCGAUCUUCAACUGGAUGACGAGGUUGAAAGCCUUCCGCGCACGGAGGUGGAUGAGAACGAAGACAAUGAAGGUGACUCCACUCCUGAUACAGAUGAGGACUUUCAAUCCUGGUGCGCUGCAAAUGAAGAUUUCCUUGCCCUCGAGUGGCAGGCCUGCAACAAAGACAAUGUUGACGAGGGCGACUCCGACUUUUCCAUCCAUGUUGAGGCGGCUGAAUCUGAGAUUUUUGAGGCUUUUGAGGAAGAUGAGAUUUAUGAUGAUGGAGAUUGGGAUGCGGCAAACGGUGACAAGGAUGGCAGGGUCUGUCUUGAAGCAGAUGGCUCUGACUUCGAAAAGGACAAUGAAAUUCAGGAUGAAUUGCCAGAGGAGACCGACUACACCGACCCUCCUGAAGAGGUAUCAACCCCGAUGACCAUGAAUGAACUGCAAGAGAUCAACAGCCGGGUCAAAUCAACCCCAAGAAAACGGCUCUUCGACGAUGUGAACGGCGGCUGGCGAAACGUGAGGUCAAAGCAGGAAACGAGCCCCGACACCAACAAUGAGGCGGACACCUUGCCUUAUGAGAUCGGUUUUGAGGAGGAUGCCUCAAGCGUGAAGGACUCUUUGAACUAA